CCAUACUGCCAACAUUUCAACAUAUAUUUAAGGAUUAACAACUACAAGCCUUACAGAAGAGUUCCCUCUCAGCAUAAAUAGCUCUACUUCUCAACUAUAGCAUCUCCUCAUCUCUUCAAUAAGAAGAGAGCACACAAUGUACUAAAACUCUUCUCUUUUCAAAGUCACCACUUCAUGCAGUGCAGCCACACUUCCAUGUCUUUCUCCACCCGCCGCCGGCAAAGCGAUUCAUCCGAGCUUGAUGUUUUCGAUGCUUCGCGGUACUUUUCGGGUUGCAUUGACGGUGUCGGCUUUGGCUUUGGCUAUGGCUACAACAGCACCACUAUGUCCUCUCAUAGACCCAUUGUCAUGAAAAAGAGUUUGGAGAUGAUGGCUUCUCUUCCAUGCCAAAAGGUUGAGAGCACCAUCAACGAGGAGAAGAAAUUCAAGCAGCCUAUCUCACCUGGAAGAAAAUUUGCCACCUUUCUCAACUCUUUAUUUCAACAAAAACCUUCCAACAAGAAGAAGAACAAUCAGAAAUCUUUAAUGCAAAAGGUAGAUCAAAGCAGUGGACAAAGAACAGCAAAUUCAGAACACAAAGGAAGAAAGAUAGCAAAGAGCCUCAAAUCCUUCAACAGUACUGCAUUUGGGGAGAAGAAAUGGCUUCUAAGGAGAAAUGUUGAUGAGCUUAUGGUGAGGAAAAGGGAAGAAGCUGAGAUAAGAAAGAAAGAGAAUAGAGAUGAAGAGAGUUUUGAUCAUGAGAGUGACUCAAGCUCUGAUCUGUUUGAGCUGAAGAGCUAUGAUUUUGCAGAUUUUAGCUAUGGGUUGCCUGUUUAUCAGACUACUAAAGCUGGGGUUAUUAAAAGAGGAGCUUCUGUUAAAUUUUUCUAGUUUUGCAUUUCAGAGAAAAAAUUUUAGUGAAAUUUUCAUGUUCUAGUUCUCAUUGUAUUUUGAAUGAGCAUGAGAAAAUAGUUCUUAUGUUUGAUGUCACUUUCAACUAAGUAUCUUAUACGUGAACUCACAUGAACUCAAGAGAAAGAAACUCUCAUUUAUCUUUUC